AUGGUGAUUGGGGAGAGGUCUUGGGAUGUUGAACUUCUAAAUGACAUGUUUGAAGAGAGGGACAUUAAUUUAAUUAGAAGCAUUCAACUUAGUCAAACUCGGGAUAUUGAUGGUUGGUGUUGGAACAUGGAGCCUUCGGGGUUCUAUUCGGUCAAAAGCGCCUAUAAAGUUCUUCAAGCUUCAAAAGGAAAUUGGCUAUUUUUGCAAGAUGAUACUUGCUGGAAGAAUUUAUCGAAGUUACCUAUUCCACCCAAAGUUCAUCAUUUCUUGUGGAAAGCUUGUUCAGGAUGUCUUCCAACGAAGGUACAACUUCAAUCCAAGCAUGUUAAUGUUGAUCUCUUGUGCCCUUUUUGCAAUAUGCAUGUUGAGACAAUAUUUCAUGUACUUUUGGACUGCUCUGUCAAACUACCACCGGCUGCUGGUGUGGAGAUUGAUUUUGGCAGCUGGGUUUGUGCUCUAUUCGAUGGCUGCCGUGAGGAAGUGGUGACAUUUCAAGCAGUAGUUGUUGGCGUAAACCAGAUGCUUUUACGGUCAAGGUGGGGUUGUGUAACUCCUGAAAUUGCAGAAGUCAUUGGCAUCAAGGAGGCUUUGAGUUGGAUAAAGCGUAAAGGUUGGGAGAAAGUGGUUGUCGAGUCAGAUGCUUUGGUUGUGGUUCAAGCAAUUAAUAGUUCAAUCCAAAUGCCAUCCCAAUUUGGUUUAUUGGUUGAGGACUGUUGUACGUAUAAUGAGCUUAAUGCUCCGUCUUUCUUGUGUGACAUUGUUAAGGCUGAGGCCUAUUAA